AUGGGUAAUGUUAAAAAAAGGCCACAAAAGAAAAACGCUUUGGACAAUAAAUCCAAAAAAUCAAAACCAGAUAAAACAACUACGACUGGACAAGACGAAGUAACAACUUUAUCAAAUAUUCGAAAGUUACCAGAAAACCAAGCAUAUGAAGACGUAAGACAGUGUAGGGCACUUAAACUCACAAAAGUAGAUGCAAAGCCUAAUAUUCAUGAUGCAAGGAAAAAUACACAAGAAAAUAUUGACCCUUGGACAAAUCCAGUAGCAUCUACUUCAGGAACCUGUAAGAAAAACAAAAGAAAAGCCUCCAACAAAAAAGUACAUCAGUCAAAAAGACUAAAAGCUGAAUACAAUAGUGAAGUUGAUAAUGACGACAACUAUUCACUACUGGAUACCUCAGAGGAAGAGACGGUCAGAUCGGAAUACGAAGAUAAGGUGUUGGAUGCCUUUAAUGAAAGAAAUAACGUAAAAGGUGAGAAUACUGUAGAAAAGCAUGAGGACAAAAUAGGUAAAAAUCAAACAAAACGGACAAAAGAACUUGAAAACCAAAGAAACCAAUAUAAUAAAACCUCAACACAAGCAAAAAAAGUGAAAGUAGACGACAACUACAGUGGAGAGCAAAAUUCGGACUCUUCGGAAGACAUUUGCUUGUCUGAAUAUAAAAAACGUAAUUUUGACUGUAUAAUGACAAACCAAAUAGAAACAAUACCAAGUGAAGAAAUAGAUAUAAACAAUAUACAGAAUUUUAUUGAAAUUGAUGAAAACGGAGAAAUUAUGGAAUAUGAGACAUGUUUGUGGAUUGAAAAUAAUAGCGAAAUAAAUCAAAAUAAGAUUAAAAAUGAUGAAGUAGAUGAAAACGUUAAAAACACCAUAAUAAAUGAAAACAACAGUCAAAAGGUCGAAACAACAUUAACAGAAGGAAAUGUUUCCUCUAAGAAAUUUUCAGUCGAACAUAAAGAAUUUACUAACAUGGCAACAGCAGGUCAAACAGGAGCGACAGAAAAAACAGAGAAACGGAAAAAAAUUACUAUUCUAUCAGAUAUUCGAAAUACAUCUGAAAACAAAAUAGUUGUAGAUACAAAAAAACUAAAAAGAGUUGAGAAGACUGUUGACCUUUUCAAAAGUAUGAUCAAUAAGUAUAAAGAAAACAAACAAACAGAAUGUCAGAUGGCUGAACUUAAACUUGGACUGGACUUGCCUGGAACAGCACAAAACGAGACUGCUGAAGUUAAAAAAAAUACUAAAAAGAAACAAAACCAAACUGAAGAAUGCAAAGAAGUACAAAAACUGGACGCACCUGAAACUAUCCAAAACAAGACUGAAGAGAGCAAAGAAAUAGAAAAAUCCGACUCACCUCAAAGGAAACAAAACAAGACUGAAGAGAGCGAAGAAGUAGAAAAAUCGGACUCACUUGAAACUAACCAAAACAAAAUCAAAGAGAGCGAAGAAGUUGAAAACUUGGACUCACCUGAAACUAACCAAAACAAGACUGAAGAGAGAGAAGAAGUAGAAACCUCGGAUUUACCUAAAACUGACCAAAAUAAGACUGAAGAGUGCGAAGAAGUAGAAAAGUUAGACUCGCCUGAAAUUAACCAAAACAAGACUGAAGAGAACGAAGAAGUGGAAAACUUGGACUUACCUGAAACUAACCAAAACAAUACUGAAGAGAGAGAAGUAGAAAAAUCGAACUCACCUAAAACUGAUCAAAACAAGACUAAAGAGAGCAAAGAAGUAGAAAAGUUGGACUUACCUAAAACUAGCCACAACAAGAAUGAAGAGAGCGAAGAAGUAGAAAACUCGGACUCACCUGAAACUAACCAAAACAAGAAUGAAGAGAGCAAAGAAGUAGAAAAGUUGGACUUACCUGAAACUAAUCAAGACAAGACUGAAGAGAGCGAUGAAGUAGAAAACUCGGACUCACCUGAAACUAACCAAAACAAGAAUGAAGAGAGCAAAGAAGUAGAAAAGUUGGACUUACCUGAAACUAACCAAGACAAGACUGAAGAGAGCGAAGAAGUAGAAAACUCGGACUCACCUGAAACUAACCAAAACAAGAAUGAAGAGAGCGAAGAAGUAGAAAAUUUGGAACAACCUGAAACUGACCAAAACAAGACUGAAGAGAGCGAAGAAGUAGAAAACUCGGACUCACCUGAAACUAACCAAAACAAGAAUGAAGAAAGGAAAGAAGUAGAAACAUCGGACUCACGUGAAACUAACCAAAACAAUACUGAGAAGAAAAAAGAAAUAGGAAAACCGGACUCACCUAAAACUUACCAAAAGAAGACUGAAGACGAUGAAGAAAUCGGAAAUUGUUUGCACUUAUCUGACGCGAACCGAAACGAUGCCAAAGAAGAAGAAAGUGAUUAUGACACAAAUAGUAUAGUUAUAAACCAAAGUGUCUUGGUAAGAUAUUACAUUAGAGCAAAAUGGAAAUACUACGUCGGAUUUGUGGAAAAAAUUGACGUUCGUGAACAAGAAAUAUUCUAUACAGUACAUUUUUUAAAGACUAUAAAAAAACCAAACUUGAAAUUUGUCGUCACAAAAUAUGACCGAGAUACUGUCCCGUCCACUUCGAUUGUAAAAAUAAUUCAAUUACUC